CGCGCGCCGGAAGCUGCCACUCUCCCAGCGGAAGAGGCGUGACCAGGUCGCAGUCUGGCUAUGUCCACCAACAAUAUGUCCGACCCACGGAGGCCCAACAAAGUGCUCAGGUACAAGCCUCCGCCGAGCGAGAGUAACCCGGCCCUGGACGACCCGACGCCGGACUACAUGAACCUGCUGGGCAUGAUCUUCAGCAUGUGCGGCCUCAUGCUUAAGCUGAAGUGGUGCGCUUGGGUUGCCGUCUACUGCUCCUUCAUCAGCUUUGCCAAUUCCCGGAGCUCGGAGGACACCAAGCAGAUGAUGAGUAGCUUUAUGCUGUCUAUCUCUGCUGUGGUGAUGUCCUAUCUACAGAACCCUCAGCCCAUGACGCCCCCCUGGUGAUGUCAUCCUCAAGGGGUCACAGUGUGGACUCCCUUUAUCCACCUUCCUGGCAUAGCCUUUGGCUGUCUCCACCUCUUGCCCUCAGCUGCUGCCCUAGGU